AUGUUGGUGGCCCCGGAGACCACACACCAGAGUGUUAGUGGCCCCGGAGACCACACACCAGAGUUGCGUGGCCCCGGAGACCACACACCCAGAGUGUCCAGGCCCCGGAGACCACACCCCAGAGCUUGGGCCCCGGAGACCACACACCCAGAGACACCACACCCAGAGUGCUUAGGCCCCGGAGACCACACGCCCAGAGUGUUUAGGCCCGGAGACCACACGCCCAGAGUGCUUGUGGCCCUGGAGACCACACACGCCCAGAGUGCUUGUGGCCCCAGAGACCACACACCCAGAGUGUUUGGGUCAGUGAGACCACACACCCAGAGCUGGCCCCGGAGACCACACACCCAGCGUGUUGUGGCCCCGGAGACCACACACCCAGAGUGCUUGUGGCCCCGGAGACCACACGCCCAGAGUGCUUGUGGCCCCGGAGACCACACACCCAGAGUCAGGCCCCGGAGACCACACACCCAGAGUGCCUGGCCCUGGAGACACACCCAGCAUGCUUGUGGCCCCGGAGACCACACGCCCAGAGUGCUUUGUGGCCCCGGAGACCACACACCCAGAGUGUUUGUGGCCCCGGAGACCACACACCCAGAGUGUUUGGCCCCUGGAGACCACACACCCAGCGUGCUUUGGUCCUGGAGACCACACGCCCAGAGUGCUUGUGGCCCGGAGACCACACACCCAGGGUGUUGGUGGCCCCGGAGACCACACACCCAGCGUACCCCAGGCCCCAGACCACACACCCAGAGUGUUUUGUGGCCCUGGAGACCACACACCCAGCGUGCUUGUGGCCCCGGAGACCACAUGCCCAGUGUGUGGCCCCGGGACCACACACCCAGCGUGCUUGUGGCCCUGGAGACCACACGCCCAGCGUGCUUUGGCCCUGGAGACCCACACGCCGAGUGCUUGUGGCCCCGGAGACCACACACCCAGAGUGCUUGUGGCCCCGGAGACCACACACCCAGAGUGUUUUGGCCCAGACCACACCCCCAGAGUGCUUGUGGCCUGAGACCACACACCCAGCGUGCUUUGGCUUGA